UUCUUUUUUCUACUAAAAUGAAUAUAACAGACUCAAGCAACAAUGCAAGUACUUAUGCUUCCGAGCAAGCUCGAUAUGAAAGCUUUUUCCAAUCAGCGUGGGGCACGGAGAUUUCAUACCGAACGGAGCUAGCGCGCGAUGGUUUUUACUUUACAGGAAUAUCGCGACAGGUUAAAUGUUUUUUCUGUGGAUACCUCUACCACGCCUCAAUCUGGCAAGAUUUACACUGGAUUGAACAUCGUCUUCAUUCAUCAGAUUGUCCUUUCAUCCAAGGUCUUCCUUGUGGUAAUAUACCAAGAUCUAUAUCAACUGUUGUUCUACAGGAAAACACGCCUCUAAGAGUCAUGAGGAUCGAGCUGGUAUCAUUUUCAGAAUCAUCCAAUCGACGACGAUACUUUAAGCCGCUGAACCUUCAGUUUAGAACACUACAAAGUCGGACUGAAACUUUCUCAAAUUGGCCGAUCAAUGAGAUAAUAACACCCAAAGAACUUGCAGAGGCCGGAUUCUUUUACACUAGAGUAUACGAUCACACCAGAUGUUUCAACUGCAAUGGAACAAUCUCAAAUUGGGAAGGAGAUAAUGCAUGGGCUGUCCAUGCAUAUUACUUCCCUAAAUGUAGUUAUCUAUAUUUGAAGCGAGGACAGAUGUUCGUAGAUGAUAUCAACUCCCCAACAGAUACAGUUACUCCCCUUACAGAGCUACCACAACCCACUGAUGAUAAGGACAGAUACACUUGCAAGAUAUGUCUCGACAAAGAAAUCGGUACAGUAUUCGCACCAUGUGAUCACGCUAUCUCUUGCAUCGAUUGUGCGACACAGCUUGACGAUUGUCCAAUUUGUAAAUCAAGUAUCUCUCAUAUAUAG